UCAUAUUCUGGUUGAAAGUUUGUGUUCUCGCCUCUCGAAGACAUGUGGGACUCGCCCGGAUACUCGGAGAAGGAUCCUCGCCGCGUGGUUGGUCCCAAGCCAUGAAGACCUAGUGCACCCUUCCUUAGAUAACUGAUGUCUACUAGCGCCUCACAGCAUCCUAGUUUAGUAGUAGAUGCAGGCCCGACUGGAUGCAAACAUGUCCCGGGAGGUCUACGGGAGCAGCGGUGUUAACCAGAGGUCCCCCAAACCAGCCCGACGUGCCGACAUCCCCCCGGAGCCUUCCUCCUCCAAGUACUACGCACCCUCUUCCAUAUCGCAGCCGGUUAGUGGGCGCGCCAGCCCCAUCCGCGGCUCGGACCCGAGCCGGAGGAGCAGCCGGCACGGCGCCAGCCGCUCCGGCAACGUGAGCCCGCUGACCGUGCCGGACCACGGCUCGGUGCCACAUUCCGUCUCCACCAGCGCUUUCCACCACUCGGGCUCCUCAUCCAGGCACCACGGUAGCAGCGGAUACUACAACAGCGAGGACCACCACCCCCAGGCGGUGAGCCCGACCAUGGACGGGGGGCGCUCGGGAGGCGUGCCGUCCUCCACGGGCGGCGGGGGGCACCACAGGAGUCGCUCCGCGACUAGGGUCCCCCUGCGGAACUACCACUCGCUGGAGCGGGACCAGGACCGCGAGUUCAUGCCCAUCCGCGACCCCAGGGACAGGUCGCUGGACAGGGUCGAAGGGAGGCAUCCACGUAGUAGGGAGCGUUCCUUGGAUCGUUCAGGCGGUUAUCGCGACGAUCCCCAUUACCGAGACUUGGAUGCGGGCAUGGACGUCGACCCCUAUCGCGACACGGGGCACAGGUCCCACGGCGCUUCGUACGGCGACUCCCGCCACUACUCGAGUCGCUCGGCCGGUGGCGGCGGUGGGGACGGGUUCGUGAUGGAACUACAGUCGCGAUUGAAUGAUCUUCAAUCCCAGUACAGCAGUCUGAAGCGAGAGUUGGACGCGACGACUCAGAAGCUAGGUUCCAGCAUGCAUAGCAUCAAGACUUUUUGGAGCCCCGAGUUGAAGAAAGAACGUGCUUUACGUAAAGAGGAGGCAGCCAAGUAUGCCCUCAUCAACGAUCAGCUCAAGAUACUUCGCUCUGAAAAUCAGAAACAGUCGGCCCUGAUUCGUCAGUUAGAGGAAGAGCUGAGACUUGCACACAUGCGCAAUCCGGACGCAGAAGUCCAACAACAUCUAGAAGCUUUGUACAACGAGAAAGAACACAUGACCAAAGAGAUCUUUCUUCUCAGGGAAACGAUAAAGGAAUUGGAGCUGCGAAUCGAAACUCAGAAACAGACAUUAGCUGCUCGUGAUGAAAGCAUCAAGAAGUUGAUGGAAAUAAAGGGAGUAGGUGGGAAAAUUAUGGAGGAGGAGCGGAUAGAAGUCGAGAGAGUGAAAAGCAAACUGAUAGAAACAGAAGCCCGCUACAGGCAUAUGGAGUCCAUGUUAGAAUCCAGAGACAAGGACCUCAGCAAAAUGGAAGAGUUGCGGAUCGAGUUGAAUCGUCGUGAUCAGGAAAUCAUGGCAAUGAGUGCUAAGAUGAAGACUUUGGAGGAGCAGCACCACGACUACCAGAGGCAUAUAGCUGUACUUAAGGAGUCCCUUUGCGCCAAGGAAGAACACUACAACAUGCUGCAGGCAGAUGUUGAGGAGUUGAGGAUACGUUUGGAAGAAAAAAAUAAGUUGAUUGAGAAGAAGACACAACAGACCAUGUCCUCAACACAAGAGCGUAACAGACUGACGCAGGAAGUGCAAGAGCUAAGGGAUCACAUGGAGAUAAAGGACAGGAAAAUUAACGUUCUUCAGAGGAAGAUAGAGAACUUGGAGGACUUGUUGAAGGAAAAGGACAACCAGGUGGAUAUGGCGCGGGCUCGCCUCACCGCCAUGCAGGCGCACCACUCGUCCUCCGAGGGUGCCCUGUCCUCUCUGGAGGAGGCCAUAGGCGACAAGGACAAGCAGAUCUCCCAACUCCGAGAGCAGCGCGACCGGGCGGAACAGGAGAAGGCCGAGGAACGGGAACUGCACGAGCGGGAAUUGGCCGAAUACAAGAUGAAGAUGCACGGCCUGGAGAGCGAAAUGGAGAAGUUACAGGUGAGGCUGGAGAAGGCGGCGGCAGAGAAGGACCGAAUCGAGGUGAAGCUGGAAAAUUCGCAGUCCGAGCUCGGCCAGGCGCGGGCCGAGCUCGAGAAGAUGCAGGUCGAGAUGGGCCGGCUGGCCGGCGAGACGGAACGGAACCGCAGUGAGUUUGCUAGGCUUGCCCUGGAGAACGAGCGCAUGCGAGAUGUGCAGUCGGAACGGUACAAGUCGGACCUCGACCGGGUAUCCUCCUCCUCCCAGAAUCCUUUCGGAAAACCAACCCUCUACCAGUCGGACGAGUUGGAGAGGAUGCAGGAUCGCCUGGAAAAGGCCCAGGCCGAGUUGCGCAGAGUCCAGGCCGAGUACCGCAUGCAUCAGGCCGAGCAGGACCGCUCCCGGGGGGAAGUUGAGCAACUUCAAGAAAAAAUUGAGCGCUCACAGGGGGAGAUUUAUCGUCUCAAGGCGAAGCUGGAGAACGCGCAGGCAGACAAGGAGAGCAUACAGGAGGAAUAUGACAGGGUGCAGGCCACUGUCGCCAGAUCACAAAGCGAGAGGGACUCGGCGCUGGCAGAAGCAGAGAAGCUGAGAGGUGAACUGGAUCGCCUGCAGACAUCUCUUUCCAAGAGCCAGUCCCAGCACGAAAAAACACAAUCUGCACUGGACAAGGCGCAGAUGGACUGUGAUAGAAUUCAGGAAAAAUUGGACAAGGCUAACGCCGAAAUUCGACGAAUGCAGGCCGAACGUGAAAGGGGGCAGACGGAGCUAGAGAGCUUGCAGACGCAGCUGAGCCAGUCUCAGAUGAGCGCCCUCAAGUUCCAAAAGGAGAAAGAGAUAAUUGAACUGGAAGCAGAGAAAAGUCAAGAAAAGUACGAGAAGACUUUGGUCUCUUAUCAAAGGCUUCAGAAAGAAAAAGAUUCUUGCAACUUGGAGCUGGAUAAGCUACAGGAAAAGACGGAUUCCCUUCAAACACAGCUGGCUAAAGCCCUUAAAGAGAAAGAAAAUUGCCAGGCGGAGUUUGAUGUCAUCAAAGACAGGUUAGAUAAAACUCAGAAUCAACUGGAGAAGUAUUAUAAUGAUUAUGAUAGUUCUCAGAAAGAUGCUAAAUCACUUAGGGAAACUGUUGAAAAACUUCAAAAUCAACUCCAGAAAGCUCAGGAAGACAGGGAUUCGUCACGAAGAGAGUACGAAAAACUCUUAGAAAAAUCAGAAAGAUCUCAUUCGGAUAUUUACAAAUUUCAGGCAAAAUUGGAUCAAAUGCAUACAGAUAUGGAAAAGUUAAACUUGGAGCUAGAAAAAUCGCAAUUGACGGGCAACAAAACGAAAGAGGAGUAUAAAACUACUCUUGAUGAACUCGAAAAGCUUCGAGAACUUCAUUCAAGAACUUCGAAUCAGUUAUCUAAAUCAAAAGAAUCGGAAGAGAAGUUAAGGAGUGAGUUGGACAGAUGUCAGAUGGAGCUGAAUGUCGUCAGAGAACAGUAUGAUAAAUCGCAGGACUCGCUGCGGAAGGCCCAAACUCAGUUAGAACUUUUGCGUUCGGAGGUGGACAGUUUGAGAAAUGAAGUUAACAGGGUACAGGCACAGGUCGGGAAGACACAAACGAGUCACGAAAAAUCGCAAGAAGAGCUAUCGAAAUCGAGAAACGAAGUCGAAACUCUGAAAGAGAAGACUGAAAGACUUCAAAGCGAGCUAAAUAGAUUGCACACGGAAAAGGACAGAUUCAUAAUUGAAAAUGGCAACUUGAAAUCGGAGGUAGAGCGAUAUCAAAGUCAGAUGUUGAAACAUCAUACUGCCCAAGAAAAAGCUCUUCUCGAAAUCGAUGGCCUGAGAAAUGAAAUCGAUAAGUUCAAAGAAAAAAGUGAAAAAGUCACAUUGGAAUUGGAUAAGUGCUCGAGGGAUAAAGAAAAAUCUCAUGCCGAGAAUCUGAAGCUACAAGCUGAGUUGGACAAGAUUACAAAUGAAAAGAGCAGCAUUGAAAGAGAGAAGGAUCAUUUUUCGGACGAAAUAUCUAAAUUGAAGAACGAAAUAGAUAAAUUGAAAAACAAACUUGAAUUAUCUAAGGACGAGGUGAAAAAACAUCAGGAUUUGAAGCAUCAGCAUAAUAUGGAAAUAGAAAGAAUGAAACACGACCUAGAAGUUGCCGAGCUCAAAGCUGAGCGUCACGCUACGUCGGAAGACAGGCAGAAGCAAGAAGUGGAAAGAGUUAAGUUUGAACUUGAGAAAGUUAAAGACAGAUAUGAUCGAACACAAGCGGAUUUGAAGAAAGUACAGGAAGAAAGAGACACUUAUGAAGGAGAAGCCAAAGCACUUCAAUCGAGUCUUUCUCAGCUGCGAGCUCAAAUAGAUAACUUGCAAUCCAGCCACCAAGUAUCUGACACCGAUUUGCAGCGCGCGAAAGCGGAGACUGAACGCGUACGCGCUUUGCUGCAUAAAUCGGAAGCGGAACUACACAAGACAGUGGCCGAGAACAGUAGGCUUCAGGUUGAAGUUUCUAAACUCAAGCAGGAAAUUGAAGAUUCAGAGCAAUCUCUGUCGCGACAUUUCAAAGAUCAAUCGAGCAGCAAAGGGGAGCUGGAUAAAAUGCAAAGAGAAAUCGAUAGAAUUCGCGAGAAAUACGAACGGGCUCAAGCUGACGUUCGCAGAAGCAAUGAAGACAAGGACAGACUAGAAAUCAAACUGCAAGAAGCUCUUGGAGAAUUGGAUCACCAUCGGACUGUGAGGGGAAAAACGGAGGAGUAUCAGCAGAAGUCACGAGUAGAACUGGAUUAUUCUCAUAUGGAGUUACAGAGAGUAAAGAGAGAAUUCCAAAGACUUGAGCAACAGCUGGAAGAAGCCCUAGGGGAGAAUAAGGACCUGAGGAGAGAGCUCUCAAAAUCUUUGGAAACUAUCACAAACAUACAGAGACAGUUAGAAGAUUCUCAGAGCGAUUUGAAGAAGAAAGAGGAGCAAUAUCGCAAACUUAAAUCAGAAGCCACUUCUCAAAGAACCUUCGAGACAGAACUUCUGAAAGCCGAGGAAGAGCUUCUCAACGCUAAUUCUGAAAUUCGUGAUUUGAGAGUUGAACUUGCCAAAUCUUACGAAGAUGCAUCAACGUUGCAGAAGCAGUUAGACGAUUUGCAGAAAGACGUGAAACUUCUGAUGGAGGAAAACAAAGUGUUACGCAACGAACAGAUCAAAUCCCAAAAAGCGGAAAGCGAAUUGGAAAAGAUUGAAGAGCAACUUUUCAACGCAAACGCUGAAAACAGAGAGCUGAGGAUGGAACUAGCCGAAACUUACGAGACGGUUUCGAACCUACAAAGAAGAUUAGAUGAUCUGGAAAGGGAAUUAAAAACUGUAGAAGAUCAGAAUAUAAAACUGAAGACGGACCAAGCCAAAUCUCAAAGAACAGUUGAGAGUGAGUUGAUCAAAGUAGAAGAGGAACUACUGAACGCGCAUUCAGAGAAGAAGGAGCUUAGAAUCGAGCUUGCGAAAUCGUACGAAACUGUAUCUAGUAUUCAAAAACAGUUGGAUAAAUAUCAGAAUGACCUUGCAAAAGCUGAAGAUGAAAUAAAUAAGCUGAAAAUGGAUUUGGAGAAAAGUCAGAAAGCGCAAAACCGUUUGUCUCUAAUGGAGGAUAAAUUAUACCAAUCCAAUUCAGAAAACUCUGAUUUGAGAGCAGAGACGAAGAAAUUGCAUGAAAAAGUUUCCAAUAUACAGAAACAAUUGGAUGAAUCGAAUUCCGAAUUAAAGAAGUUCGAAGAAAAUAACCGUAUGCUCAGAAUGAAACUCGAAAAUUCUCAAGAGAAGGACAAAGAGAUUAAGAAAAUGGAAGAUCAGCUCCAGACAUUAACUGCCGAAAAUAAAGAGUUGAAAUCAGAAUUGAGUGGUCUAUAUGAAAAGGUUUCUAGUUUGAAACUUCAGUUAGAAGAUUCUCAAAAUGUUUGUAUGAGUUAUGAAGAAAGAAAUCGCAAAUUGAAGUGUGAAAUAGAUUCGCUCAAGGAUAAACUGGAGAGUGAGAUAAACAAAUCUUCCGAUCAACUGCAGAACUCUGCAGCCGAAAAUAAAGAGCUUAGGAUGGAAUUAGUUAAAGCUUACGAAAAUCUAUCGAAUGUCCAAAAGCAAAGAGAUGAUCUGAAUGUUUCUAUCAAAAAACUUGAAGAGCAAAACGAGAAACAUAAACUAGAUCUAGAAAAAUCAGAAAGAAAGAUUACUGAUUAUAGCAAGAAAGAUUCCGAAAUCAGAAAGCUCUUUCAAGACAAUGAAGAUUUGCAAAGAAAACUGGAAAAGGCUCAUGAUACACUUGCAUCGACUCAAAAGAAAUGCAAUGAUUUUCAAGAAAAAAAGGAGUUAUUAGAUUCGUUAAAUAGAAAGCUCCAAAAUGACUUGGAGAAAUAUUCUCUGGUCGAUACUGAGAAAGAGAAAUUUAAAGACAUGCUGGAGAGCAGUCAGAACGAAAAUAGCGAAUUGCGCAAGGAACUGUCAAGACAAUAUGAAGCCAUCAGCAACUUGCAAAGGGAAAUAAAAGAAUUCAGUUUGCAAAUGGGCAGAAAGGAAGAUGAAAUCCGAAAAUUGCGUUCAAGUGCGGAGAAAUCGAAAAAGGACGUGGAAUCAGAGGUAAGCGAUUUGAAAAACAGACUAGAAGAGAUGACUCAAGAAAAGGACCAAUCACUGGAAAGGAUGAAAAGCUACGAAGCAAAAAUAAGGGACUUACAGAAGCAGCUUAGUGAUGAGUCUUAUGAAUUAAGCAAAAGUCAGGAACAAAACAAAAAGAUGAAAUUUGAGCUCGAAAAAGCCGAAAAUAGGUUGCAAAGUGAACUUCAGAAAACAGAGAGCUUGUACGACAUUAACGAAGAGAACAAGGCCUUGAGAACAGAGCUUUCGAACUGUCAAGAGACUAUAUCCGACAUCAAGAAGAAAAUAGAUGAUAUGGUUGUUGAAAAUAAGAGGCUUAAGGAAUUCGAAAAUUUACAAAAGAUCGAGUCCGAAAAAGCUAGGAAAUUGGAAAAUGAAUUGCGGGAAUUGAAGAGAAAAUUUGAAAGCUUGGAGAAAAACGGUAGGGAAUAUGAAAACCAAAUUUCGGAGUAUAAAGAAAUUGUGGAGCAAACUCAGAAAAUGUACUUAGAUGCUCAAACAGAAUUGGGAGAAGCGCGAGAUGUUAUUAACAAAAAUCAAAGAAUACUCUCUGAUACUCAGACGGAACUUGAGAAUUCUAAAAAAACUGUAUCAGAAACUGGCAAAAUGUAUCGCGAAGCUCAAAAAGAUCUCUCCGAUGCAAAAGAUAAAUUAGUAGGUUCUGAGAAAAUGCUUCAAGAAACAAAAGAAGAACUUCAAAAGUUCAAAGAAAGGGUAAAAACGUUGGAGGACCAACAGUCUUCAACUCAAAAAACCAUUUCAUCGGAGUUGCAAAGAUUGGAAGAGGAAUUACAAAAUACUACACUUGAAAGUAAAGAAUUACAAUUAGAACUUCAGAAGUCUUAUGAUGAAGUAUCUGAUUUGAAAAAACAAGUCGAAACGAACCAGUCUGAUAAUCAAAAAUUAAAAGAACAGAAUAAAAAACUAAAAGCUGAUGCCAAGUCUAAGAAGACUUUAGAAAGUGAAGUUCAGCGAUUGGAAUCUGAAAUAAAAACCGAAAGAUCGGAGAAUCAAAAAUUAAAAUCUGAACUUAGCGAAUACCAUGAAAAAUUAUCUGCAUUGCAAAAGAAGCUAGAAAAUAUCGCAGUUGAGUUAGAUUUUACAAAAGAAGAAAAUAGAAAUUUGAAACAAUCUCAUCAUUCUAAUCAAAGAAAUAUGGAAAACGAGAUCAAAACUUUGAAAGACACGAUCGAAAACAAAACAGCUGAAAAUAGCGAAAUCAAAAACGAACUUGCAAAAGCGUAUGAAGCUGUGUCCAACUUGCAAGAAGAAGUUGGAAAAUAUAUCUCUGAACUGAAACAGCUGAGAGAAGAUAACAGAAAGCUACGGACGGAGAAGUUACAUUCCCAGAAAACAGUCGAAAGUGAAUUUCAAAAAGUUGAAGAUCGGCUCGCCGCUGCUGAAAACGAGAACAUCGAGCUCAAGUCCGAGCUAAAUAAAAUGGCCGAGAGCACUUCUAUUUUGCAGAAAAAAUGUGAUGAAGCUCAAAACGAAAAUAAGAAACUUAAAGAAAGUCUCAAAGUUGCCAAAGCAGAGCAGAUGAAGGUCCAAAAAAGCUCAGAAACUGACACUAAGAAACUGGUAGAAAGAAUGGAAAGUUUGCUCACUGAAAACGAGAAACUUAGCUCCGAAGUCAACCAGCAAGCGGAAGCAAUGAACGUUUUGAAGAAGAAAAUCAGCGAAGAUCAGAAAGAAAUAAACAAGUUGAAGGCAGAGAAAGAAAAACUAAGUGCGGAUUUGAAUGCUGCUAGAAAGAACAUGGAAGCAGAGCUUAACAAGAUAGAAAAACACAUUCAAUCUGGAGAUGUGGAAAAGCAAGAACUCAGAUCUGAGCUGGCCAAAUCUGUUGACACAUUGUCUGCAUUCCAGAAAGAACUAGAAGAAUGCCAGAUCGAACUCAAGAAAGUUAAGGAACAGAAUAAACAAAUGAAAGCUGACCAGCAAAAAACUCAAAAAAAUGUCGACAAGAGCGUAUUAGUGGAGAAGGAGAGGCUAGAAAAAGAAGUUCCUACUUUGAAAAAGAACAUUGAAAAGCUUAGAGCCGAUAACCAGAAGAUGGUACAAGAAUCUGAAAAAUUGAAGAAACAGUUGGAAAAAGCUCAAGGUGAAGUUCAAGCGUUUGGGGUGGAAAGAGAACGUUUCCAGUCACAGCUAGAAUUACUUGUCCAAGAACUUGAAAGGAGGGAGAGGCCGAGUGUUCAGGAAGGUCCUCAGCAGGCAGAAAUUGCCUCACUCCGGAAACAAGUGGAAGAAAAGCAGAAAAAGAUGGAGGACACCGAAAAAGUACUCAAAAAGUGCCAAGAAAAAUUAAAGUUUUUAGAAUCUCAACCGCCGCAGGUAAAUACUGCUGGAGCAAAUGCAGAAAGUCAAAAAAGAUUAGCAGCAUUGGAGAAGUUAUGUGAAGAACUAGCAAAAGAAAAGGAAAAAACUGAACAGGAAGCUUCAAAAUCCAAAGAGGAUGCAAAACGCUUGCAAACAGAAUUGGAUCGCCUUUUAGAAAUGAUGACUUCUGUAGAGAAGGAGAAAUAUUCGCUUAACGAGCAGAUCAGGGAGCUGCAAGAAGCCAUGAAGGAAAAGGACUCAAAAUUGCAGGGUGCAAAACGGGGCCAACAAGCAGAUAGAACCAAAAAUGCUCAGAUGCUGGAAGAGGCCAGGAGGAGAGAAGCCGAGGCGGCCAAAGAAGCAGCGAAAACGCAGGAGCAAGUUCUGCAGCAGCAGGAGCGCGUGGAGGAACUGGAGGAGGCGCUGCGGGAGAGCAUCCGCAUCACUGCUCAGAGAGAGGUGGCAGUGGCUCAGAAGCAGUCCCUCGUGCAGGCUGCAGAAGAGAAGAUUCGUAGCCUGCAGGGUGAAGUCAGGGGCCUCCAGAAAGGGUACAAUGCUCGAUGCACCAAUUGCCCACCCCUGAAGGUGAGACUGACAGAAGUAGAAAAGAGCCUGCAGAAACUGGUCUCAGAACGAAAAAUGCAAUUGGAACAACUGUUCGAAAUGAAGCAAGAAGCACUUUCUGCAGCUAUAAGUGAAAAAGACUCCCACUUGGCAUUCCUGGAGAUGUCUGGCAUUAAGAAUGCCAAGGCUGCCGAACAAGUGGAUAAAUUAAAAGCGGAAAAGAAGAAACUCGUAGAGAAAAUAAAAAUAGAGAAUGAAAAACGAGUAAAACUUUUGAUGGAAUUGGAAAAUUCCACAAACAACAGUUUGGAUAUGGCUUCCUUAACCAUCAAGGAUUCUUCUCAGGAUGCUGAAGAAGAUGGCUUACGUUCUGUUUCAUAGAAAUUCUUGCCAUUGUCAACAAUGGCAAUACUGAAAAAUCCAAAAAACAAAUUUCCAAUUCUCGAAACGCUGCUCGCCAUCACAACCCUCUCUCUGGUUUUGUCUUCCAGUUGGCUGCGACUCCUCAGACUUGCUCUGUGAUCUCACUCCCUUCGGACGAGCAAGAGGUCCUCUGAACAACCCCUCAUAUCACCCGCCCCCCCAAACAGGGCGGAAGCUGUGUGCAUUAACUGCCAUGAACUAUUCUAGUGAAUCAAUUGUUGCUUUGCCUAGUCUGCUGUGCUGCUCUUUGCCACUGGUGCCAUAUACUCUCUGUGAAAGUCGUGCAGUUGCCAUACUUGCAGAAGAAAGUAUUUGUGUAAGUACUGUCCAAAUAUAGAAUGGCAUUUUUUCCAGCUCUUCCCCUUCAGAAUAGUUGAGAUGAUAAAAUUUCGUCGCACAACAACUCUUACACAUCAAACUUUUAAAAAAUCAACUUAAGUAAACAUAUAGACACACUUAUAUAAUUAUUAAGAAAAACAUAUCGGGCUAAAUACCCAUUUGCUUUUUAAAGAGAUAAUAAAUACAAUUGAAGCUUAAUAGAUUAAGUGAAAAUGGAGCAAUAUAACAUGUUAUGUUACUCUAGAAAUUA